AUGGACGGCGUUCAAGAGCAAGAAGCAAAGAAGCAAAAGAUCGAGCAAGAGCCUUCUCAAGUUGAGGACACCGAGAUUGUUCCAGAACAAGAGGAAAAAGAGGAGCCCACCACUGUUGAAUAUGACGAGGAGGACAUGAAAUUGGGAACUCAACUCAUUGCAGCUGUCAUUGCAAAUGAUCUAGAAACGUGCAAAGCUCUUGCAAAGCAAGAUGUCGAUCUCUGCUUCAGCGGUGAUGAUCUUGGACGUACUCCACUUCAUCAUGCUGCUGAACAUGGCCACAUGGAGAUCAUUGAAUGGUUGCUCUCAGAGAAGCAUCCUUACAACUUGACAGACAAGAACGAAGUAACUGCAGGAGAACUUGCCUUGAAGAAUAACCACGCCAAAGUCUACGAGCGUCUUGUCGAUGAAGGUGUCAGAACCGAGCUUUUGAUUCGUGCAUUGAAAAAAGCCUUUGGAGACGAUGAGGAGGAUGAGGCAAGCAAGAUUGCCAACGAAGCUUAUCUCAACCAAAAGUUGCAUUACGACGACAAUAAAUUGAUGGAUGAGAACGACGAUGCUGUGAUGAUGGGAUGGGAAGGGCCCUUGAUGGUGGAGCAUGCCAAAGUAAUGUGUCCCAAGGAGGGAUUGAAUGUGAUCAAUGUUGGUUUUGGUUUAGGUUUGAUUGAUACCGAACUCCAAAAAUACAAGCCUAAAAACCACUACAUUAUUGAAGCACACCCUGAUGUCUAUGCUCACAUGUUGGAAUUGGGUUGGGACAAGAAGCCUGGUGUCAAGAUCUUGUUUGGUCGCUGGCAAGACAUGGUUCCCAAGUUGGAUAUUUUGUUUGAUGGCGUCUUUUUUGAUACCUAUGGUGAAUUCUAUGAUGACUUGCGUGCUUUCCAUGACUGUGUGCCCAACAUGCUCAAUGAGAAUGGCAUCUAUACUUGGUUCAACGGCCUCGGUGCUACAAAUCAGUUCUUUCAAGACAUUUACUGCAACAUUUCAGAGAUUGAUUUGCGUGAAUUUGGCCUUAGCACGGAAUACAUUGAUAUGCCCAUCUCCACAUGGGCAGAGCAAGGUGUCUGGGAUGGUGUGCGUCAAAAAUAUUGGGUAUUAGACACUUAUAAGUUACCUAUUUGUAAAUUCUUAGAGCAAUAA